AUGAAGAUAAUGCGGCUUCAUAUCGCGGGGCACAUCCUUGAGAAGGACUUGACGGGGGGCGUGUGUGGCUUGUGUGGUCAAGACAAUGGCUGCAACUCUUGGGUGAACACACCCCAGACUGGAAAAGCAGCUCAACGGGUUUAUUCCCGAUGCCCUUGGGCUCCCAGAUCCGCCAAGGACGAAGGUUCCAUCGUCUCGAUAACCCUGAAUUCGGCUAAGAAAAAUACCAAGAACAUGCCGUGUACCAAUGUGCCGAUGGGGUUCAUAUUCUGUAACCGAUGGGAAUGGAAAUUCUCCAUGAGUAACCAUGUUGACGAAUUACACGCUGCGGACGCGAAACUGAGGAAGACCGACUCGAAAGGUCAACAGUUUCUUGAGAGCAUUAUUGUGGGCGAAGAUGAGAAGAAAGCUGUGGGCGCAAUGCUCCAGAAGGAUCUAAAACGAGUGGGUGGUGGUGCACACAAGACCAAGGUGGUGGUUCGUGGGAAUACCACGGGAAAAACUGGAGCCAAAGGCAAGGGUGGCAAAGGAAACCGUCGAGUGGACACCCCCAGCGAAUCGAGCGAUUCUUCCAGCGACUCGAGCGAUGAUUCCUCCAUCGAGCCUGACAGUGGUGAUGGUGAUGAGGAAGAGGACGUGAUUGAGGACGACGAGCAGGACAACGAACAGGAGGACGAAGAAGAAGAAAAAGAAUAA